CGCCCCUCUGCAGAGAACGGGAGCUCCAUUCAAACACACCAAACUCCGCGGGAUGCGCCACUUGGCUCGGAGUCAGUGACAGAACAGAGCCGAGAGACAGAACCCUGCAGAACCCUGCAGAACCCUGCAGAACAGGAGAGCGUUCCCCAGCAGCACCCAGCAGAGCAGAGCGGCUCGGAGCAGCACAGCGGCUCGGCAGGAACCAGCAGGAACCAGCAGCCUAACCCUCACCGUCAGCGGCUAACGGCUAACAGGAGGCUAACAGGAGGCUAACGGCUAACGGCCAACACAGCGACAUGGCGAGCGCCUCGUACCACAUCUCCAACCUGCUGGAGAAGAUGACCUCCAGCGACAAGGACUUCAGGUUCAUGGCCACUAAUGACCUGAUGUCUGAGCUGCAGAAAGACUCGAUCAAGCUGGACGACGACAGCGAGAGGAAGGUGGUGAAGAUGAUUCUCAAACUGUUGGAGGACAAGAAUGGAGAAGUUCAGAAUCUGGCCGUCAAAUGCCUGGGCCCCCUGGUCAGUAAGGUGAAGGAGUACCAGGUGGAGACGAUAGUGGACACUCUGUGCACCAACAUGCUGUCAGACAAGGAGCAGCUGAGGGACAUUUCCUCCAUCGGCCUGAAGACCGUCAUCGGAGAGCUGCCGCCCGCCUCCAGCGGCUCAGCUCUAGCAGCCAGUGUGUGUAAGAAGAUAACGGGUCGUCUGACGAGCGCCAUCGCCAAACAGGAAGACGUGUCAGUGCAGCUGGAGGCGCUCGACAUCAUGGCUGACAUGCUCUGCAGACAGGGAGGUCUGUUGGUGAACUUCCAUCCGUCCAUCCUGAGCUGCCUGCUGCCUCAGCUCACCUCCCCCAGACUGGCUGUCAGGAAGAGGACCAUCAUGGCUCUGGGACACCUGGUGAUGUCCUGUGGGAACCUCGUCUUCAUCGACCUGAUUGAGCACCUGCUGACCGAGCUGGGACGCAACGACAACAUGUCCACCACCCGAACCUACAUCCAGUGCACCGCCGCCAUCAGCCGGCAGGCCGGGCACCGCAUCGGUGAGUACCUGGAGAAGAUCAUCCCCCUGGUUGUGAAGUUCUGUAACGUUGACGAUGAUGAGCUCAGAGAAUACUGCAUCCAGGCCUUCGAGUCUUUUGUCCGCAGGUGUCCUAAGGAGGUGUACCCUCACGUUCCCACGGUGAUCUCUCUGUGUCUGCGCUACCUGACCUACGACCCCAACUACAACUACGAUGACGAAGACGAGGACGACAACGCCAUGGACGCAGAGCAGAACGAUGAGGACUACCAAGGCAGUGAUGAUGAGUACAGUGAUGAUGACGACAUGAGCUGGAAGGUCCGCCGGGCGGCUGCAAAGUGUUUGGACGCCGUCGUCUCCACGCGUCACGAGAUGCUGCCCGAGUUUUACCGCUCGGUGUCUCCGGCGCUCGUCUGCCGCUUCAAGGAGCGGGAGGAGAACGUGAAGGCGGAUGUUUUCCACGCCUACCUGUCGCUGCUCAAACAGACCCGCCCCGCUCAGAGCUGGCUGGCCGAUCCAGACGCCAUGGAGCAGGGAGACACCCCGCUAACCAUGCUGCAGAGCCAGGUUCCCAUGAUAGUGAAGGCUCUCCACAAGCAGCUGAAGGAGAAAAGUGUGAAAACGCGUCAGUGUUGCUUCAACAUGCUGACGGAGCUGGUGAACGUCCUGCCAGGAGCCCUGACCCAGCACAUCCCGGUCCUCAUACCAGGUAUCAUCUUCUCUCUGAACGAUAAGUCCAGCAGUUCCAACCUGAAGAUCGACGCGUUGGCGUGUCUCUAUGUCGUCAUGGUAACGCACCCCGCCCAUGCCUUCCACGCCCACGUGCCGGCGCUGGUCCCGCCCGUGGUGUCCUGCGUGGGCGACCCCUUUUACAAGAUCACGUCUGAGGCGCUGCUCGUCACCCAGCAGCUCGUCAAGGUCAUCAGACCUCUGGACAGCCAACAGGACGGCUCGGAGACCUUUGACCCCUCCCCCUACAUCAACGACCUGUUCACCUGCACCAUCAGACGCCUGAAAGCAGCCGACAUCGACCAGGAAGUCAAAGAACGAGCCAUUUCCUGCAUGGGACAGAUCAUCUGUAACCUAGGCGACCGCCUGCCCACCGAGCUUCCUGGAACUCUGCUGAUCUUCCUGGAGCGGCUGAAGAACGAGAUCACCAGGUUGACCACCGUCAAAGCUCUGACGCUGAUUGCCGGCUCUCCGCUGAACAUCGACCUGCGGCCCGUUCUUCCUGACGCCGUUCCCAUCCUCGCCUCCUUCCUGCGUAAAAACCAGCGAGCUCUUAAGCUGUGCACGCUGGCGGCGCUGGACAUCCUGCUGAGAAACUACAGCUCGGCGGUGACCCCGGCCAUGGUGGACGCCGUGCUGGCUGAACUCCCCCCCCUGAUCUCGGAGAGCGACAUGCACGUGUCCCAGAUGGCGCUGAGCUUCCUGUCCACGUUGGCGGUGACACACCCGUCGUCUCUGGGCCAGCUGAGCGGCGGGAACAUCCUGGUCCAGCUCAUCGCGCUGGUUCGAUCCCCGCUGCUGCAGGGCGGGGCGCUGGCCGCCAUGCUGGACUUCUACCAGGCUCUGGUGGCCACAGACACCCCUGGUCUGGGCUACAUGGACCUGCUGAGGAUGCUGACGGGUCCAGUUUACUCCCAGAAUGCCGCGCUGCCUCACAAGCAGGCGUACUGCUCCAUCGCCAAGUGUGUGGCCGCCCUGACCAGAGCCUGUCCCGCAGAGGGCCCCGCUGUGGUGGGCCAGUUCAUACAGGACGUGAAGAACAGCCGCUCCACCGACUCCAUCAGGCUGCUCGCUCUCCUCUCACUGGGCGAGGUGGGACACCACGUGGACCUGAGCAGCCAACCAGAGCUCAAGACCGUCAUCCUGGACGCCUUCUCUUCCUCCAGUGAGGAGGUGAAGUCAGCAGCGUCGUACGCUCUGGGCAGCAUUGCAGUGGGGAAUCUUCCGGAGUAUCUUCCCUUCGUGCUGCAGGAGAUCUCCUCCUCCAAGCGGCAGUACCUGCUGCUGCACUCGCUCAAGGAGAUCAUCGGCUCGGCCUCCGUUGCGGGCUUGAAGCCGUACGUGGAGUCUGUGUGGUCUCUGCUGCUGAAACACUGCGAGUGUCAGGAAGAAGGAACCAGGAACGUCGUGGCUGAGUGUCUGGGAAAACUGACGCUGAUCGACCCUGAAACCCUGCUGCCCCGCCUCAAAGGCUACCUGCUGUCAGGGUCGUCUUACGCCCGGAGCUCUGUCGUAACGGCUGUAAAAUUCACCAUCUCUGACCAACCUCAACCCAUCGACCCGCUGCUGAAGAACUGUAUAGGUGAUUUCCUGAAGACUCUGGAGGACCCGGACCUGAAUGUGCGUCGCGUUGCCUUGGUAACGUUUAACUCGGCAGCCCAUAAUAAGCCCAGUCUGAUCAGAGAGCUGCUGGACUCGGUGCUGCCUCACCUGUACAACGAGACCAAAGUGAGGAAGGAGCUCAUCAGAGAGGUGGAGAUGGGUCCGUUCAAGCACACGGUGGAUGAUGGGCUGGACCUGAGGAAAGCUGCGUUUGAGUGCAUGUACACUCUGCUGGACAGCUGCCUGGACCGCCUGGACAUCUUCACCUUCCUCAACCACGUGGAGGACGGCCUCAAGGACCACUACGACAUCAAGAUGCUGACCUUCCUCAUGCUGGCCCGCCUCUCGUCCCUCUGUCCCAGCGCCGUCCUGCAGAGACUGGACAGACUGGUGGAGCCGCUCCGAGCCACCUGCACCACCAAGGUGAAGGCGAACUCGGUGAAGCAGGAGUUUGAGAAGCAGGACGAGCUGAAGCGCUCGGCGAUGCGAGCCGUCGUCGCCCUGCUGACCAUCCCCGAGGCCGAGAAGUCGCCGCUGAUGUCAGAGUUCCAGUCGCAGAUCUCGUCCAAUCAGGAGCUGGCGGCCAUCUUCGACUCCAUCCAGAGGGACUCCAGCUCCGCCAACAUGGAGUCCAUGGACACCAGCUAAGAAGACUCCGCCUCCCAUGAUGCAACACGGCACCACCGCUGCUGGAGCGCCACCCCGCAGCAUGUUUCCAUGACAACAGGACGCACACACACACACACACACACACACACAUCUGUAGUCACACCCCCUCUCUUGGCGAUCGAUUGUUCCCAUGAUGCAUUGCAGUCAGCAGUCGUUGCAGGAGGACGCACACACACACACACACACACACACACACUCACACACACACACACACUCACACACACACUCACACUCACACACACACACACAGACGGACAAAAAGGACUAAAAGAGAACAAAAAAAUUCCAGAAAUAAAAAUUCCAUUCUGAGGCUUGGAAGCUCCUCCCACUUCCUGUUUGUUUUUCUAGCGAGGCCAGCUGAUUGGCUGAUCUUCCUGUUCAUCAUCGUUCCUCUUUUUUUUUUUUUUUUUUUUUUUAAUUCUUUUGGGUUCUUUUUUUUUUCUAAUUCCAGAGAGUUCCACAGGUACUGCGACCUGAUUGGCCGCUGCUGAAUGACUGAUAGUUGGCGUGAGAUCAAACUGACCAAUGGAAAACGGCCUGCCGGGGCUCCAGUGACCAAUGGGAGAAGGGCUUGCUCUGUUCUGCUGUUGUAGGCAACCGAUAGGAUGCUUGGGAUGACGGGGUGGGCGGGGUUUUACUGUUUGUGGACCAAUCAGCUUCUUUUCGUUCCCUGGGGGCGGACCCAACAGCCCCGCCCUCCUCCCGUCACCGAGGACGGUGGCGGCCGAUUGGUCCGGCUCCUCUGACCAGACCCGACCGGACCAGGGCGGAUCCGUGUGGCUGUUGCCACGGUAACGUGGCGUAACACAGGCCUACAUUACCCAUAGUGCAGGGCGUGUCAGACACAGGAAGUGACUAACUUCUGAUGAAUCCCUUUUGUUGAUGUUAUUCCUGGAGCUGGCUUGAAUCUGGUUCGUACCGGUUUCAGCCGGUCUCAGUGAGUCUGCUUUAGUUAAUCCGGUUUGAUCCAGUUUGAUCCGGUUCAGUCUGGUCUGGUCGGGACAAUCCACUGUUGUUUAUCGCCCAGUAAAUAAAGAGGUCCAUUUCUGCCUGCCUUCA